AUGAUGAACAGCGACAAGUAUGCGAUCCCCGUGGACUCUGUUGUUAUGGUAACCGGAGCCAAUGGUUACAUUGCAUCCCAUGUUAUAAAUAUCCUGUUGCAGUUAGGCUACAGGGUGAGAGGUACAGUGAGAACCGAGAAGCCAUGGUUAGACAAGUACUUCCACGAGAGGUAUGGGGAUGGAGUGUACGAGUCUGUCGUCGUCCCUGCAUUGGAUGAUCCAGUCUCUUUGAGCGAGGCCAUGGAAGGUGUUUCAGGGAUUGUUCAUAUUGCAAUGGACUUGUCUUUUGGCUCCGACCCCAGUGCUCUCACUUGGGUCAAACAAGCAACGGAAUCCAUGCUCAAAUUGGCGGAGGACAAGAAGACGGUAAAGCGGUUUGUUCUGACGUCAUCCAACUCUGCUGCCCAUUUCCCCACGCCCAACGUGCCAGUUAGGAUUGAUCAAAAUACUUGGAACGAAACGUCUUACAAGGCAGCGUGGGAUGAGUCCACUCCUCCAGAGAAAAAGGGAUAUCAUGUAUAUGCGGCCGCGAAAACCGAAGCGGAGAGGAGUGCAUGGGAAUGGGUAAAACAGAACCGCCCUGGAUUUGUAUUCAACAGUGUCUUACCGGAUGGAAAUUAUGGACGGAUUUUGCUUCCCGAGAUAUUCGGCUCAACAAUGGGCUCGCUCCGAAACGUCCUCAAAGGAGAUGACACAAUCAUGCGCAGGUUUCAACCACAGUGGUAUAUCAAUGUCGAAGACACCGCACGUCUACACGUUGUCGCCCUUCUUAAUCCAGACGUUAAAGGUGAACGGAUCUUUGCAUUCGCAGCUCCAUUCACAUGGAUUGAAAUUAUUGGAAUUCUCAGAAAGCUCAGACCAGAUAACACGCUGAUACCGGAUGCCCGCGAGGAUGAGGGAGAGGAUAUCAGCGAUGUUGUGUUGGCUCCCAGAGCCGAGCAGUUGCUUCGCGACUUUUUUGACCGCCCUGGCUGGGUUGGACUAGAGCAAAGCAUUGAAGAAGGGCUUGAAGGCAUGGAAGAGUAG